GAGUACCGGCAACUCCCUGACGACUCUCAGUACAUCGAGAAGUUCUACAAUGAGCUAAGUACCUUCCACGAUGAAUUGAAAGGUAACACGGGGAUACCGCAGAGCUCCUUUUCAGAGUUCGAGGACAACCCCAACGCGCUGAUUGCCACACUGGAGGACUUCAUACAGGACAAGAUCCUAUCCGUGUACGGGGGUCGAGUGGAUUCCGGCGCAAAGGUUGUCAUCCAACGGUAUGGCGAGUUCCUCCACAACGUGAAGACCACCCUGAUACUGAACGGUGGCCAUCCUUUCAUAUUUGACGUUCUGAUCCAGAACAAGCAGUUGUUUGAUGGGUUUGAUAAA